ACGGGCAGCAUUUUUAUUUUGAAAGUGACAAGCGACGGUUCGAAAAAAAGCUUGUUACCAACUUCUCCAAUUCAAAAUAUCAGUUCAGAUCCCAUCCGUAUCCGUUUUUGAUUUCGGUAAAAUAAUCAUACGUAGAAAUAGAAAUCGGUGUGAAACAGAGAUUAUUUGUGUGGAGUGACAUAACGAGAAUAUCCUUUGAAAAUAGCUAUUUAAAUAUUUAAAUAGACAAUCAGUGCCAAAACGGAUUACACGCAACGGAAACAAAUCAUGACGAUUCUACGGAUAGCAUGCAUUUUGGCAAUUGCAUCAGCUGCACCGAUUCAAGGUAUACUGAGUAAUGGAGGCAUUGGAGAUAGUUACGGACCACCCCCACGAGGAUUACCGGCUCAGAGCUAUGGACCACCUCAACAUCAGAUUCGUGUUCCGCAACGAGAGUAUGGAGUUCCUCAGCAGAUUCCCUUCCGGGAAUAUGGUCCACCGGCACUGAAAUAUGGACCUCCAAAGCUGAAUUUCAAUUUCGGUCAGAACUUCAAUGGUGGGUUUAACGACCAGAUAAAGUCUUACUUCGGAGUUCCGAAACCUUUCUAUGGUCCUCCUCAUCUGCAACAUACCCCAGCUGCGACUUAUGGACCACCACCCCAAAAUAAGCCAUAUUCAACUUACGGCCCCCCUCCCAAGCCUCAAGGAACCUAUGGACCACCAAGACCAGCUGCCAGCUACGGACCACCAUCCUUGCCUCAACCCUUGCCAUUGGUACAGCCCGGAAUUUUUAAGCCCAACGGCAAUGGCUUUAUUUCUCGCCCACACACCUCAUAUGGACCACCCCCAUCGGGUCAGUUCAUCGGAAAGCCAAAUCUCAACUACGGCCCACCAAAGCCCAGUUACGGACCACCCCCACUACCUAACUUCAAUCGACAGCCCACAGAGACAACGAUUAUCGUCACCAGCGGAAGUGGUGGCAACGGAGGCUUCCAAGGUGGUCAUCACUCCCAUGGCGGUGGUGCUGGUGCUGGUAGUGGCCCCCUUAAGCAGGUCCAAAUUCAGGUAGAAAACCAAGGCAACAACCAUGGACAUGGAGGGAGCUCUGGUGGACAUUUCCACACUGCUUCCUGUGACGGCUGGAAACCAAUUCCGGCGCCAUUUGGUCACUAUGUCGAACAUAACAAUAUCCAAACUCAAUCAGGUUAUAGCACAGUGUCGAGUGGUUCAGGUCACAAUACAGUCACUCAAUACAGCAGCAUUGGGGGAGAAAACUUUGGUGGGCUAACAGAUGAGCAACUUGUUGCUGUUGCCCUGCAAACGGGUGGAUUCGAAACGGCACCAACACAAUCCCUUCCGGCUUCGGGACCAGUCGAUUUCCAUUCAGGUGGCGGACAUGGUGGAGAGGGAGAACAUCAUUUGAAUUCAAUCGAAUCGGAAAAUUUACAGAUUGCACUCGGAUCGCUUGAAGAUACCUAUUCGAAGGCACCACAAGACUCAUUUGCACCCAACUCAGUACAUGCUCAGAAAUACAACUCCAUAAGCAGUGGAGAAUAUGGAGCACCCCCAAUUGGUAGUGGUAAUGGUGGUAACUUCCAAGGUAAUGCCAACCAUCAGCAUCAUCACCAUCACCAUUCAGAAGGUAAUGCUGGAAGCUUUUCAUCACAAGGCUCAAAUCUUGGCAUCCUCUAUGGCACACAGAGUGGCAACCAACGUCCUUGGUUGAAUAACGCUUUAGCACCACCAAGUAAUCCUGUAACCUAUCGUCCCCCAGUACCACAGGGACUCCUCGAAUCGAUUGGCGCAACAGUACAGCAUUUGGAUCAAUUUGGGGUUAAGCCACUGAAUCAACCAGCAACCUAUAUUCCUCCACCACUAAAGGAAAUAGCCGAACCAUCCAGCCAAUAUGGACCACCCCAGCAACAGCUUUUGCCACCACAACAGAACGUAAAUAUUGAAUUCCAUCAUCAGGGAGGAGGAAGCCAAAAUCAAUACCAGCAGAAUUAUAGAGAAGAAGAACGUGGUAAUGCAUUAAACCAGUACUUGCCUCCACCCCUACCGGUUCCAGUACCACAGCAACAGCAACAGUAUCUGCCACCACCCCGUCCCAGCCAUCAACUUCAAGGAAGUUCCUUCGGCGGAUCAUCGUCUUUCGGUGGUGGGCAGCAGCAAUUUAUUCACACCCAAGGACUUCCAUUCCCCCAUGAAGCCAGAUUUAAUCAACCUCAAGAUUGUGGACAUGGACCGAAUCUUGUAGGUGCCAAUUAUCAGCUACAGCAACAACAGUUUGUCGAACAAGGUGCUGGCAGACCAGCACUCUCCUACGGACCACCACCAUCCGCACCAGGCAGCGGUCCUGACUCCAUCGGUUACGAAUCGAAACGCUCCAGUGUGACCUCUCUGCCUGAAGAAGUCAACUCGGAGAACCUUCCUGGUUUGGAUGGACUCAAUGUCAUCUCAGCACAAAAGUCUCAAUCCGUUUCGCUCCCGGUACAAAAUUCUCAGGUUUCCCCUUACCAGAUCCAAAUCCAAUCUUCAAAUCCAUCAGAAUCCGUAACCAGCAACGAUGGAGACACCAACCAUGAAGAGGUUCUCUCCCAAGGGCUCUUGCAAUCUAUUCUCUCAGCAAUAGAACAGCCUCAAGCCAAUAAUAACCAAGGGACCACAGCACAAAGUCUGCAAAACCGUUCCGAUGUUGAUGUGCAUUUGGACGAGGACGCCAAAGAAAAGGAUUCCACUUUGAGUGCAACGAAAGCCAUCGUGCCAGAGUCAAGUGAGACUUCAGAUGAUGCAGCCGAAGAAUCCAAAUAAACCUCAUUAAAUUCAAUCCUGCGCCACCUCAAGUCCAUAGUUAAUUUGUUUUAAAUGAAAUUGAGAUGGAGACAUCAUCAUCAAUACAACAUUAUGCCCACUUUAAUUUAUUUAUGUUUAUUUUUAGUUAAAUCGUUAUGUUUCAACGAGCAGCCAAUGAAGUAACGAAUAGUUGUUUAAGUUAUUUACUUCUUUAUUUUUUCUUCUGUUUUAUAAAGUUAUUUAUUUUUCAUCACUGGCGAAGCAUGAUUUGAAAGUCGUCAGUUUGCCAUACCGACUUACAGUCAAAACUGGCUGUCAAACAGCUGAAUUGAAAAAAUGUAUAAAAUAAAUAAUUAAUUAGUUACAGUGUCUUAGAGUUCAUCUGAUUUGUAUAGUGUACUGAUUAUGUGUAAUUAAAUUAUGUACUAAAUGUA